UUCCCAAAAUACCCUCACCCCAAUAUUUAUUCACUGAUCUAUCCCUUCUCCUCGACCCCCAAAAUAUAUUUCAAAACCCUAGAACCGCAAUGUCCAAUUCUAAUUUCUAAAAGCUUUGUGUUCUUGGGGAGCAAUUACAAUCCAGAAUACUCACAAACGAUUGUUCAAUUAAAUAGCUAUUUCAUCAAUUCUUCGAGAAAGGUUGUGGCUGUUGGAAAGAAAUUUUGCUCAAAUGAGGUUCAAAAAGGGUGAUAAGGUGGAAGUAAUGAACAGAGCUGAGGUGCCAAUCUCAUGGCGUGCUGCCGAGAUAGUGUCUGGUAAUGGCCACACUUGCAGUGUUAGAUAUGGUUCUGGUUCACCAAUGCAAAGUGAAAAUAUCAAAGAAAGGGUAUCAAGGAAAAUGAUAAGGCCCUGCCCCCCUGUAGUGCAGUGUGUGGAGACUUGGGCACCUGGGGACAUUGUGGAGGUAUAUAAUGACUGCUCUUGGAAAGUUGCCAUCAUGCUCAGUAUUUUACCACGUGAUCGUUAUUUGGUGAGACUACUUGGUUGCUCUCUGGAACUUAGCAUUCCUAUAUCAGGCAUGAGAGAUCGACAAAAUUGGAAAGAUGGCAAAUGGAUUUUUAUCAGAAAGGGUUGUGAUCAAGCUGGGACCCAGAGAUCUAACAAAAUUUCAGCUCAAGAUUAUAAUCGGAAGAUGAAGUCGCAGCCGCUGCAACUUGAUGCACAUACUAAAGUUCUUGGAGAAACUGAUUGUUUAGCCACUGAAGGGAAAAAUAGAGGACAAGAGUCUUGUUUAAUCUCAUCAAGAUCCCUAAAGAGAAUGUCUCCUUACUGCACAUGUGGUGUUGAUUCACUUUAUGGGAAUGCUCAGAAAUUUCAAGCAAUUGAGACAGAUAAUCGCAGGCAACGAGCAGCUCUGGUGACCUUACAGGAAAAGGGCCAAAAAUUGAAGCAUCAUCCCUUGCUUCCAUAUGUAUAAAAAUGAUGCUGUUUGCGGCCAUUCAAGUGGGCAUAAAAUGGGGAUACUGUAAGCAACUGCUUUCCCAGAAAUCUUGGCAAAUCUCUCGUAUCACAGUUCUUCAUGGAAGAUUUGUUGUUGGAAGAUGUAGACAUGUAGUGAAUUUUGUUUGGUACAUUCUAUAUAACUUUAGGUAAGCCCACAUUUGCUAUCAAAUAAUUUGGAUUUCAUUACCGUGGAUGGUGGUUAGAUUUAAGAUCUGCUGGUGAUUCUAUAAUGUGGUGUUUUUCUGUAUCUGUUUCCCAUGUUUCCCUAUUAUAAGUAGGUCAAUUGCCAUUGUUUCCUUUGCAUUUUGAAUUAUUCCUUGAGCAGAUAUAUACAACAACAACAACAACAACAACAACAACAACAAACCCAGUAGUUUCCCACAAGUGGGGCUUGAGCAGAUAUAUAAUCGUAGCAAAUUUUAAUUUCACGCUGAUGGUGUAUUCUUCUUCUUAUUCUUUAUUUGUCCAUUUCAGGCUGUUUGUUGGUUUAUGGAAAAAUUUUUGGCAUUUGGAAAAUCUAUAGCAAUUUACUGUUUCAUAUUGGAAUCUGUUCCAGGCAGGUUCUCAUAAUAUGUUCCUUAUAGAAAAAAGGGAGAAUUCUUUUUUUUUUGUUCUCUUAUGAAUAAUUAUAUUUACGCGUGUUGACCUUCUCCUAACCUUGCUUACCCUGGCUGCACUUUUCAUAAUGUUAGUUAAGGAAUAUUUCUUGAUCUCAAAUUUUUUUCUGGUUGUAUUGGGUCAGGGAGGAUGGGGCCGUGGCUGAAGGGGCGUUUCACCUGGCAGAGGUGCCAGUUGAUACCUCAAGAGGUUAUUCCAGAUACCUGUUUGGCCUUUUUGCUUUUUGCUUUGUCGGCCAUGGAUUGUUCAAGCUUGUAAACAAGUCAUUAAAACUCGUUAAUUUCACUGCCUAGGAGUUGGGGACAUGACAAUGGCACCGAGAUUGGGAAUUAAAUCCUAGAAGAGGCUUUAAUGAUUGGGAGAUGGAAGUAGGGCAAUUACUCCAAUUACUUGGCACAACAGUGGUGGAGGAAGACAAGGAAGAUCUUAUGGUUUGGACAGCAAGCAAUGAUCUGUGAUAUUCUGUCAAAAGCUGUUAUAAUCUUCUCCAGGAACAAAAUGAUCAGUAUGAAUCUAAUUGGCCAUGGAAAAUGUUAUGGAGAACCAAAGCACCUACCAAAGUAGAGAAGCCAAUUUAACUCAAGAUAAUUUACAAAAAAAGGGAUUAUGCCUAAGUAACAAAUGCUACUUAUGUGAAGAAGGGUUGGAAACUAUUAAUCAUCUAUUUAUCCAUUGUAAAAUUGUUAAACAGUGCUGGGAGCUUUUUCUGAAUCUGUGUGGCGUUUCGUGGACUAUGCCUCCCGACAUAAGAUCCUUACUGGUCAGUUGGCAAGGGCAGAAGGUAUCAAGGAAUCAGAAGCAACUAUGGUGGACCAUCCCUCUAUGCAUUUUCUGAACCAUCUGUGAAGAAAGGAACAAUGUUUGCUUUGAGGACAAGAGGAAUCACAUUGCUAGAAUAAAAAUACUUGUCUUCAAAAUUUAUUUUUUUGGUGUAAGAAAUGUUUAGUUGAAAGUCUAGAUCAAUAUAUGGAGUUUUUGGGUGUGCUAAGCAACUUGUAACCGGAAGUAUGCUGUUAUAGGUGUUGUCUGAUUUUGGUGUAAUCUUAUGUACCAUCUUGGUGCUUUUAUCAAUAAAAUCUUGUGUGAUAGUAGCUCA